AUGCCAUUGAUCCUUGAGUCGCACGACUCUCUUCCAUAUAUCGACGCGGCCCUCACGCCCGCCGCCCACGCCGCUGCCUCCGCCCUCAUCGCCGCCGACCUUGACCCCGCCGCCGCCACGCAAGCCCUCCACCCCAGCAUCCCCGCUUCGUAUGCGCCGCGCUUCUCGCCCGCCCUCGAGACUGAGCACGCCCGCCUCGCUGCCGCCGCGCCCAAGGAACCCGGCACCGGCGUCGACCUCGCCCGCUACGAGGCCCUCGACGCGCCGCCCGACAACGACGCGGCCGCCUGGCGCGCCCUGCUGCAGCGCGCCUACACCAGCUCCGCGCACCUGGACGCCCGCGCCGCCAACCUCGCCCUGCUCGAGCGCUAUGGCAAGAAUGCCUGGCUCGUUGCCAACUCCCAACUCGAGGACAUUCUGCGCGCCCUUGAGGCCGACCUCGCGCGCGCCAAGCUCGAAGUCGAAGCCAUUGAGACUGCGCGGCGGUCCGCGCAGGGCGGUGUCGCGGCUGAGCUAGGCUUGCUGGACGAGGCGUGGCGGAACGGCGUCGCGAGGGUCAUUGAGACUGAGGCUGCGGCCGAGGGUCUACGCCGGCAGACUCUGGAGCGCCAAAGAGAAAUGGCGGCGUGA